GCUCGACAAAAAAGUCAACGAUUAAAAUUCAAUUUUAAUCUUGGUAAUUAAACUAAAUCAUAUCCUUAAAUCAUGACAAGUGAAUUAAUAUCAUGAACGUUGAUUAAAUUGUUCAAUCAUUAAUUUUGGUCAAGACUAAAAUUACCCAAUCGAUUCUAGGACAAGGCAACCAGGAAAUCAACACGAAAAAAACAUUAAUUGUCAUCACUGAUUCGAUCAUGUUAAAGGAUUGGCUUAAACAAUUAAGUGAAGUACUUUUAAUAAUCAAAGUUAUAUAACCUUUUUUUGCAAAUAUUAUCUUUUAACUGUUGAUUAGCUGAUUAACUUUUAAAUUGUUUGAGGCUAGUUAACUGUUGAUAAUGAAGGUUACAUAAUAAAAAUAUAAAUAAAUGGAUAAGUUGAAUUACCUUGAAUAUGAUGAGGCCAAGAUCGUUGGACGAUUAACAAAAUUAUCGUUAAUUUUAUGCCCAAAAAAAUUAUAUUAACAAAUAAUCAAAGGUUAAUUAACUAAUCAGAACAACGUGGUUGAACUAAUUCUCAUCGAAUGUGUUAAUUUGAUUCCAAUCUUCCGUUUCCUUGAUUUCAAUUGCUAAUUAUUGAAUCUCAAAGUUAAUAACAAAAAGCGAGAAUGGAAAAGCAAAUUGAGUUGAAUUUUAAUCUAUCGGGUGGUCGAUAAUGACUGAGCAUCUUAAGAAUGGAAGUUCACAGAAGAAAAUCUUAAAAUUCAUAGUAACAUGAGUCCAAAACUUCAGGUUCAGGAAAUAAUCUCUCAUUUUCAAUCACCUUAUAUAAUAAUAAUCUGAAUAUUAGUAAAUAUUCAAUUCCAAAUUCAGUAAUUUCAAGAAAAAACAAAGAGUAUCAGGAAAUACAAAUUAAAGACAAGGAAGAGAAAAUAAUGAACUAGAAGUGAAUUGUAGAGGAUAAAAAAUCGAUAGAAAAUUCGUAUUCAUGUUUUUCGAAAAUUCUAAUCGAAAAAAAAUAUUCUUUUUUCCAUCAAGAUUAUGAACGAAACUCUAGGGGAAUUGUUGACCGACGGUCACUUUAAUGGCUGAUCAGCCUUAAAGAGAUUUCCGAUUUCAGUGUAUCGUAAGAUUGAUCAUUAAUUAUUGGAAGAGAUUGUGAUUAGUUAGUUGAUAUUUUCUCAUCAAUAAAUUGGUGUAAAUCUCAAGAAUCAGUUUCUCUGUUGAUAGUAAUUGUCUCAUUGGGUAAUCUUCAAUUUCUUUGAGGUGAGAAAUUAAAAAAUGACAAUUUAACUGUUGCAGAAUCAAAUGGUAAUGAUAAAAAUUAAUUGUCGCUGAUCCAUCAACAGUUAUCAAAUGAAAAACGGAAGCUUAUCAUGGCUCCGUUUUGUUAUCAACUUGAAAACUAAGUAUUGACAACAAUUGAAUUAAUUGUUGGGUUGAUUAAAGCAUCAAAAUGAUGAUAAUCAUCUGAACCACAUUGAUUUACAUAAAUUGUCUAUCAUCAAUAACCACAAUCAAGGUGAAACCUUUUCUUUUUCAAUAUUAAUCAUGAAUGUUAAUAUUAAUCAUAGAUAAAAGUUGCAAGAUUAUCAAAAUGCUUUGAUAGUAAUAAACUUUACAAAACUGACCCACCCUUUAAUCAUCAUCAGUUUUAUCAUGUUGAUCAUCAUCACAAUCAGCUGAUGAUGUUAUUGUUUUGUUUUCCUUAUUUUAUUACAUUUUACCCACCAAAAGAUAAUAACCAAUUGGUACCAAUUAAUUAGUUGAUUGUUUUCCAUCUCAUUUUUAUAACAGUUUUUUUAUAUCUCCUUCUCAUCCUCAUCAUGUUUCCCUGUCUUCAUAUUGAUCAUCAUCAUGAUCAUGGUUGAUUUCAAUUCAUUUUCAUGAACAAGUUCGAGGAGCUAAAGGCGCUGGGAUGAGUUGAAUUUUGUUCUAAAUACAAUAAAUAAACAGUGAUGAUAAUUGUCUACAUAAUAUGAUCCAAUGGAUGAUAAAGAUGAUGAUAAAAUGAUGAUGAUGAAAUGAGACCAAUGUAAUAAAAGGAUAUGGUUUAUGUCCAAAUUGUUGGAUCUUUGUAAUAUCGCAAAUUUUGGGCGUUGGCGGUUUCUUACAAUUCUCUCCUCGUGUCAUCAUGAUGAUCAUCAUGACGAAGAUUAUCUUCAUCUCUUUCUAUCUCUCUGUCUCUCUCUCAUCAUCAUUUUCUCUUCAUUAUCUUUCUUUUUUAUCGAUUCCCGAGAUUAUUCAUUCAAACUUUUACUUUGUUUCUUUAACUUUUGUCUCACUUUUUUUUGCAUCUUCAUCUUCAUCUUCAUCAUCAUCAUCAUCAUCAUCUGAAUAGUUCAUUAUCAUCCUAAUAACACCAUCAGCGACAUUAUCAUCAUGACUAUUUGAUUGUUUACCUGUGAAACUUUUGGGAUCAACUAAUUAAAUCAAAUGUUGUCUUUUUUUGUACAGUUAAAUAAAUGUUAUUAUCAAUCAAUUUAUCUAUUCUAAUCACAAUCAACAUUAACUUAGUUAAACGUAGUUAAAAUGUAUCAUCAACAAUUAACCAUUUUUUUAUCAUCAUUUUGUAUAUUAUCAAUUCCCAGCAAUUAACUCCCAGUUGAUACAAAACACAAUUUAAAUGUUUCCCUCAUCUUUUUAUCAUCAUUUAUAUAAUUUGCAAAUGUAGAAAGUGUCAAAAUGAACCUUGUAUCUCAUCUUGAGGUAAUCAUUUUAUACCAACAUGUAUCGUUUGUUAUUAUAUUUUAUAUCAACUUUGGACUGACCACUUCAAAUGAGGUUGACCUUAACUGGACAGCCAAGUGUCCAUCUCAAUGUCUUUGUGAUAUCGAUGGAUUUAAUAAGAAAAGGAUUAUCUGUUCAAAAGAGACUCUUAAUUCAAUUCCAAUUAAUCAAAUGGAUUCAAAUACUCAGGUUCUAAUCAUUAAAGGGACUCAAAGUAAACCUCACGAUCUAUCGAUUGGUCGGAUAUUUGGUUCAUUCAUAGAUCUUGAACGGAUCGUUUUGACCUUUUGUCGAAUACCAGCCAUUGGUGAGGCGUCUUUCUGGCCUGGAGGAAAGAUACGACUCUUAGAUUUAUCUUACAAUCGAAUCAGUUCAAUUCGAGAAACUGAUUUUCUAGGACUUAAUCAAUUAGACGAACUUAAUCUAUCCGAUAAUUUGAUUUCCACUCCACCUUCAGCUCCGUUCAAACACUUGACCAACCUAACAAGCCUUUCGAUUGCUCGUAAUCAAUUACAGACUUUGGUCCCUCGAAUGUUUUACCAAUUGAAAAAAUUAGAAAUUCUUAAUCUAUCCGGUAAUCCGCUCUCUUCCAUUCACCCGGAUGACAUUAAGGACGCAACUCGAUUGAAGAAGUUGUACCUCGCCGAUUGUCAAUUAACUUCAAUCCACUCACUUAUCUAUGAGCGUUUGGGUCGACUUUCAAUUCUUGACUUGAGUAAUAAUCGUUUUACCACAUUAGUCGCCCACGAAUUCAAAUCAUUGACCAGUUUACGGUCACUUUUUCUUGACGGUAAUCAACUAACCAACAUUGGUGAUAAUACAUUCAAUGGUCUACAAUUGGACAAAUUAACAUUGUCUCGUAAUCGAUUGACACAGUUAUCACCUUGUGCCUUUUGUAAUUGUUCAGUGACCAUUCUUGAUCUGGCCAACAAUCGAUUCACCUCAUUUGGUCCUAGAGUGUUAGCGCCUUUGUCCCAAUCAUUGACCAUCUUACGAGCAUCAAACAAUACUAACCUUGGAUCUGGAGGUAACGGCGACGGAUCGACUUCCGUUGAAAAUUUAGUCACCCCCUUGAAUAGACUAACAAGACUUUACCUUUCCGCUGUAAACAUUGACGAUUCACUUUCGGUGAAAACUUUCAUCGGCUCAGCGGUCACUUUAGUUUACCUUGAUCUAUCUCACAACUCAUUAAUUAACAUCUCGGAAGGAUUAAUUGCACCCUUAAUCAAUUUAGAGGUGUUUAAUCUGGCCUUCAACAAGAUGAGAGGUUUAUCACCGGCUUUUAUUGAGAUAUUGGCCUCACUUGACCACCUCAAGUCAUUGUCCCUUGAAGGUAGUUACUGGUCAUGUUACCGAUGUCACAUCUUACCAUUAAAAGAUUGGUUGACCACUCGACCAACUGCUUACGAAGCGACAUGUCAAAAGGGAUCUGCCACUUCGUGUGUCCGAUGUUCAACUCCAAGUGAUCUUUAUGGUCGCCAUGUAAGAGAUACAAAUGAAUUUGACCUUGAAUGGUGUCCAGAUCCUACAAUAUCUUUACGACUUGCAACAACAGAACCAAGGAUUGGCCUAAUUUUAGCUCUGGUCAUCAUUGUCUCAAUAAUUGUGAUCAUCAUCAUCAUCAUUGCAAUGUACAAAACUCGAGGUGCGACCUAUUAUACUCAUGAAGAUGACCGAUUAAGUGAUAAAACAAUUUUCACCAUUCAACAAGCCGCUCGAGCCACUGCCAUGGGCAUUUCUCCGCCUGCCAUUUCCUCUUCCGGUUCAUCACCUCCCAUGUCACCUUUAGCCGAUAAUACAAUUAACUCUAAUCAAUCAACACCACCCACUCAUCAUCAUCAUCAUAAUUCAUCAAUGGACAGUAAAAAAGUCAUCCAAAAAUCGGCCUCUUCGGGCUCUCAUAGUAUCAACAACCAUUCAGGUCAAAAAAAAUCAUCAACUGGAUCUAACAUUUCAAAUUAUCAAACUAAACCCAAAAUGGUUUUCUAAUUGUUAACAAUUAACUUUAUUACGAUUAAUCAAAUUAUUACUGUGCAAACACUAACCCACCACAAACUUAUUAUUAUUAACCUUAAUUAAUAAAAUUGCAAGAAACAAUUAAUGCAACUUAACGUUCUGAUUAAUUAACUAAUUGUUUCGCGAGAUAAUCAAUAUUUAUAACAAUCAAGUGAUUAAAUUUACAAUUGAUUCAGUUUAUUGGAUUAAUUUUUUUCUUCAUGACGAUUAUUCAAUAAAUCAGUAAAUCAUUUGUAU